AUGCGCCGCGUGGAGGUUCUUCUUGAGGAGGACAGUAGAGUCAUAACCAUUUCUUGCAGUGACCCGAGUUUCAGUCAGUUCAGUUGUUGGAGUUCCGAAAAGACAAUAAUGUCCUUAUCGCUUCCUUGUCGAUACUCUUUCUUCUCCGGCUCGACUCCUGUUCGGUUCAGCAGGACCAACCUCUGCUUCGCCGUCGCCGCUGUGCGAACUUCUCCUCGGGAUACGAAAUUGUCCCCCCAGCCUAUCCUCAUCCGCCACGUCACCUCUCCUGGGUCAAAAUUGGAGAUCGUGCGAGAUUGUCGAGCUCAUGCGUCUUCUAUCGGAUCAUUCGAGGACAGCUCCUCUUCUACCGACGCUGACUCCGACGGUUUCGAUUUGGGAAGCUUUAUUUCUUUCGCGGAGGUGCUCUGUAUUAUAUCUUCCGCCGUGAUUUCUGUAGUUCUCGCGGUGAAUUACGCGGUGGUUGGUGAAAUUGGGAAAAAGGUUUUGUCAUUGGGUUUUGUCGGAUUGGUUGGGUCGGUCGCGUCUGGCUCGUGGCUCAGACGACGGCAAUGGAUGAGGAUUUGCAAAGGAACGAGAGAAGGCGAGGGCACGAAUUUGAUUCGAAGGUUGGAGAAACUUGAAGAGGAUUUAAAAAGCUCGACCACCAUUGUUAGAGUUCUUUCCAGGCAUCUGGAGAAACUAGGGAUCCGGUUUCGGGUCACCCGAAAAGCUCUUAAGGAACCCAUUUCCGAGACUGCAGCUUUGGCUCAGAAGAAUUCCGAGGCCACAAGAGUAUUAGCUGCACAACAAGAGAUUCUAGAGAAGGAGCUUGGCGAAAUGCAGAAAGUGCUGCUUGCUAUGCAGGAUCAACAGAGGAAGCAACUCGAGCUUAUCCUUACGAUUGCAAAGAACGGGAAGCUGUUUGAGAGCAGUGGUAACAAGCAAGCACCUAAUGAACAGAAAGUUAAUAAAGCAGUGGAGCCCUCGACAUCCAAACAGAUACUCUUUCAAUGAAACCAGACAUAAUGCAAACACGUAAGAACCGGCGAAUGACUAUGUGCAAGGUUUGUCGGGUGAAGCUGUUUCCUGGGGUCUUUGGAACCAAGAGAGCAAGAGCACUGAAUACUGAUAACUCAAAUGUGGUUUUGUUCAUGUAUUGUCAUCAUUGUUUCUGGUUUGUAGAUUUCACUUGUUUCGAAAUUUUAAGUUUACCACUAAUAGAGAAUUCUUACUGAUGAUGUGAACAGCUUCAGACAAACAUAUUUGUCACUCGAUAAAUUUAGUAGAGAGGUUUGAAUAUAAAC